AUGGGCUUCCCUGGUCUACCAGAAUAUUUGGAACCUCGUUUUCUUCAGCUUAAAAGAGACUUGGUCAAGGAAGGAAAUAUAGAAGUAGUCACGGAAUCAUGGAAAAGGUUACUAGUUGCUCUUGAGCAGGAAACUAAGUCAAUUCAAGAAGAGGGCUCUAGUAGGGUACCCGUAUUUGACUGGGCUGAAAUUGUCGCUAAUGACUACCAGUUGACUGAAGAGCAGAGUAAGAUAUUCAAGCAAAGAGGCACGGUAUUGGUCAAGGGGGUAGUUGAUGCUUCUCAGGCUGACAGAUGGUUUGAAGAGUUGGUUGACUUUAUCAAAGAGAAUCCAGAGACUGCCGGGGCAUACAAAGGUACAGCUGCUAUGUUUAAUCUCUUCUGGACCAAGCCUCAAGCAGAAGCAAGGUCCCAUCCAGAGGUUGAAAGGCUAGUCAAAGUUUUUGGAAAUCAAUUCUAUGUGGAAGAUAAAGAAAACUCCUACAUUGAUUUAGAUACCCAGGUGGUAUACGGUGACAGAAUUCGUAUUAGACAGCUGGGCCAAGAGGCUCUAUUGCCCUUGCAUUUGGACAGUUCGUCCGUUGAAAGAUGGGAAGACUUGAAGUUUCGCCUGUCCUACAAGGAAAUAUUUGAAGGUAGAUGGGAGGAAUGGGAUCCUUGGAAGCUAGAUGACAAGCAAUUUGCCCAAGAGGAUUUAUAUAAGUUUGAUACUACCCGAUCAUCUAAGUCGAUUUGCACGUCUUUCAGAACCCUACAAGGCUGGCUAAGCUUAUCAGAUAACGAAGUAGGAGGAACUUUGAGAGUGCUUCCUUCUCUUAAAUUGGCUAUAAGUUAUGUUUUAUUGCGCCCUUUCUUCUGGAGAGACCCUGAGCUGGGUAACAUCGAAGAUUAUGAGAUAGAUCUUGAAACAACUAGAUUUCCAGGCACGAAACCGGGGACCGGUCAGAUUAUUCUUGAUGUUGAAGAUUUCCCUCACCUUAAUCCAAGUCAAAACGUGGUGAAGAUUCCAGAGGUUAACAAAGGUGAUUUUAUAUUCUGGCAUACAGAUUUGCCUCAUGAUGUUGAUCCUGAGCACCACGGCUCAAGUCAUUCAAGUGUCUUCUACUAUGCAAUUGCCCCACUUUCUCCAGGAAAUAUAGAAACAUUACUUGACACCAAGGACUCCUGGACAAGAAAUGUUUCGCCUUUUGACUACAGGCAUACUCAAGCUCCUGGUACCAAAGAAAAUCAAGGUGCUGAUAUUAAAAAUGUACAAUCUGACGAAUCUAAACGCUCUUUGGGAUUAUUGCCUUUUGAAAUUAAGGAUGACCUUACUUUACCUCAAAAGAAGAUCAGACUUGUUGCCAAUGAAGCUUUGAAGAAUGGUCAUUUUGAUUUGCCAAAAUUCUUGAAAGAAAUUAAUUCAACAGAAUAG